AUGCAGCUCGUCUACGUACCCUACACGUCCGAAUGCCGUUAUAUGAAUACGAAGUAUGGACCAAAUCCGGAACAAGGUGGUCUCGCAGAUUUCAUUAUGCAGCAUUUAUCGAUAAAGCCAGUACCCUUAAAUAAUCUUUUAAAACGGAAGGAAACUGAUAAAGCUGGAACGAAUUUGGAAAACCCAUCGAACACAUUUCGAUCUAUUCUGAUGCAAACAAGUGCUUUACAUGAUCAGAAAGGUACAGUUUAUGUUGAAUUUGGUUCAACGAAAAUUAUUUGCUCAGUUGAUGGUCCCAAAGAAAUAACGAAAAGUGUCGAUGUUGAUCCGACGGAAGGACAGAUUUGUGUUUUUCUGAAAAAUGUUUCAGCGGAAAGCAGUGGCAUCACAGGUCCAAAUUCUUCCUCAGUUUCAAGCAGAGAAAAUAGUGGAAUGCGUAACGCCGUGGAGUCAGCGUUACGAUCAAUUGUUUGUUUAGAGUUAUUUUGUAAAGCGCAGAUUGAUGUUGAAAUAACGGUUCUCAACGAUGAUGGUGGUGUUUUGGCAGUUGCUUUGAUAGCUUCUUCUUUGGCUCUAAUCGAUUCUGGUAUUCAGGUUUAUGAUGUUUGUGUAGCAGCUCAUAUUGUUAUGUUGGCAGAUGGCCGCAUUAUUGUUGAUCCAUCAAUUAGCUCGUUUCCGUUGUCCCCCACAGUUGAUUCAGAGGAAUUCCCUAGCAAUGCGCAUCUUUCAAUUACUGUUGGCAUCAUGCCGUCUCUAAAUCAGUUGGCAUAUUGUGAAUUUGUUGGUAUUGCAGAACCUGACCAAUUAAGACAUGCUAUUACUGUAGCUGUAGAAAAUUCAUUGAAGUUAUAUCCUUUGGUACGUAAAACACUAACCAGCAAGUGA